GUACGCAGCUGCGGUUCCGGUCGGAGUUUCUUGACGUUGCCAGCUGACAUGGCUGCGCCCGUAGUAAGGAGUGUUCGGAAGCUGCUGAAGCUCGUGGACUUCACGUCGGUCCCGCGGAGACACCGAUAUAAGAAGAAAUGGGCUACCACAGAGCCAGAAUUCCCUGCCACUCGGCUUGCUCUGCAGAAUUUUGACAUGACCUACAGUGUACAAUUUGGGGAUCUUUGGCCCUCGAUUCGUGUUAGUCUUCUCUCAGAGCAGAAGUAUGGCGCAUUGGUCAAUAAUUUUGCUGCUUGUGAUAACGUGAGUGCUAAGCUGGAGCAGCUGAGUGCCGGGGACUUUGUGAAUGACGCCAUCUCUUGCCAGGAACCAGAGCCUGAGAGUGGCCUCGCUCCAACUCCAUCCCCAGACUGCAGUCCAAACCUUCGAUGCUUUACUUUCUCCAGAGGGGAUGUCAGCCGUUUCCCUCCUGCCAGACUUGGCAGUUUGGGUCUCCUGGAUUACUACCUGAUGGAUGCUGCCUCUUUGCUACCAGUCCUGGCUCUUGGUCUGCAGCCUGGAGACACCGUGCUUGACCUGUGUGCAGCUCCUGGGGGGAAAACACUGGCAUUACUUCAGACGGGCUGUUGCCGCAAUCUCGCUGCCAACGAUCUCUCCACUUCCCGAACAGGCAGACUACAGAAAGUCCUGCACAGUUAUGUGCCUCAAGACAUCAGGGAUGGGAAUCAAAUUCGAGUCACCUCAUGGGAUGGCAGGCAGUGGGGAGAACUGGAGGGGGACACCUAUGACCGGGUGUUGGUAGAUGUGCCAUGUACCACAGACCGCCACUCCCUUCAUGAGGAGGAGAACAACAUCUUCCAGCGCUCAAGGAAGAAGGAGCGACAGAUGCUGCCUAUGCUGCAGGCACAGCUUCUCGCGGCUGGACUCCUUGCCACCAAACCGGGAGGCCACGUUGUCUACUCCACUUGCUCACUGUCACACUUACAGAAUGAGUAUGUGGUACAAGGGGCCAUUGAGCUCCUGGCCAAUCAGUACAGCAUCCAGGUUCAAGUGGAAGACCUGUCUCACUUCCGAAAGCUUUUCAUGGGCACAUUCUGUUUCUUCCCAUCCUGCCAGGUUGGGGAGCUGGUAAUACCAAACCUCAUGGCCAAUUUUGGGCCUAUGUACUUCUGCAAAAUGCAUCGGCUGUCAUAGUGUCUCCCUGUCGGCUCUGUUGGGGGCCCCGGAAUAGUCGAGUGGCAGAGGCGCACUCCAGGGCCCGCCUCCCUCCUGUGGGCAGUAGGAAGUAGGACCACGGCCCAGCUGUGGACGAUCAGCAGGUUUCUGACUCAGACUUCACUUCUAUCCUGUAACCUGCCCCACAGCCCCUGUUCCAUUAGGGACUUAGACAGAAUGGGUGAAUUAGCCCAUGGUUUAAGCUGUAAACCUGGGAAGAAACAUUUAGCCAAUAAAGUUGCUGAAGUGCUCUAGAGCUGGGCCUGUAGUUGGGGCCUUCAUAUCA